CGAAAGUUAAGACCGGACAUUUGCUGCACCGCACACAGCGCGCAGUGAGAGUCGAGAUUUUGCUAACUGCGCAGACACUGCGACGCUAUUUGUUUAUUGGGUAGAGCUUGUGGUAUGCUAAUAAUCUAACAGUUUUGCGUGAUAUAUUUGAUUUACAUUGGUAUGUACAUUUUGUUUUACUGAUCAAAGUUAGGUCCUUCUGGAAGAUUCGUCCAUUCAUCCUGGACGCAAGGGCGGUGGCUGGAGGAAAGACGAGCCACGGCUUCGGGGGGUUCAAACCUCAGUGAGGUUUUGUCUGCGGAUAGCUCAGAAUCUGAACCCUUCAGAGUGAAGCCUGCCGCCAAACGUUCGCAAUGUUAUGAUGUUUGAGUUUGUUCUGUGAGUGAUCACUAGAAGCCAUUAAACAAUGGAGAAGCCAGAGGAUCCUCCACUAGAGACAUGGACUGAGUCUAUGGUGAGCAAUUGGUUAAGGUCAAUAGGAGUUAAAGAAACAAACAUCAAAAAACUUCAUGAAGAGGAAGUAGAUGGCCGGAUCCUUUGUGAACUCUCAGAAGAAUAUCUGGAAAAAAGGAUUGGAAUGAAAUCUGGGCCUGCGCUUUUAAUAAUCAAAAAAAGAGAUGAGUUAGUAAAUUCACAAAAAGCCCAGAGACAACAUUUACACAAACAAACUUCUGGACAAAAUGACCUUGGAGCAAGUGCAAUUAAAAGUCUUGACACAACAGCCAAUAUGAAGGAAGAGCAUAAAGAAGAUUUUGUGCCUAUGGUAACAACAAAGAGAGAUUCAAAACUACGACCUUUUGAUAUGAAAGGUGUAGAUUUUACAUAUGUCAAAAACAGUGUACUCUUACCAGAAUCAGGGGUUGUUGAUUUUAUUUGUCCAUGUCAUGAGUAUAAGUCAUUUGCCAUUGCUGCAACACUGGACCGCCAAAGACUACAGGCCAAGUUUGCAAAGGAAGUGCUAAAAUUUGCUACAGGUUGUAUGAAUGUUCGUACAAAUGGCACAAUACAUUUUGGUGUCAUGGACAGUAGAGGUGACACUGGUUACGUACAUGGUGAAAUCAUUGGUAUUCCUGUUAAGGAAAAAGAUGUAUACUAUGAUGCAUUAGAUUACAUAGAGAGGAGUUUCUCUAGCGCUGAUAGGGAACUUGUACGAUUAUGUAUUGGUGAACCUCAGUUUGUUCAAGUAGUCUGUUCAAACACCAACGAGGAACUCUACGUCGUUGAGGUUGAUAUUAAGCCAUCAGUGAGCAUAGUCAAGAAUAGGGUGUUCUCUGUUAGCUUGCCAAAUUUCAAUGAGAAGGCAAACAAAGUUCAGCUUGAGAAGAACACUGCUUUUCGCAGAGUGGGCUCUAAAACCGAACCUGUGGCUGACCUCAGUGACUUCUACCAACACAUCAGUUUUAGGGAUGCUCAGAGAGAAGAGGCAGAGAGCAGGAAUAAUUUCACAUCACCAGAACUGUGCCAGAACUUGGGAAAAAAGCUUAUCAUGCUCAUAACAGGUGGAAAGAAAAUUAUGGACAAGGAAAAAUGGCACAUACUGGUAACCAACCGAUUUCAGGAGAAGGAUCUGCAAAGCAUUGAUUUUUUGUUGAACAUGAACAUCUUCUGUGUGUUUGACUUUGAUCCAGAUUCCAAUGUGUCUGGGUUGUGCCAUGAAUACAAUAAGCACCAUGCAGUGAACCGCCAUUUCAUGCAGAACUACAAAAUUCCCAGUGGCUUGAGCAUCCGAGAAUUUGAGAGUCAUCUGCGUUUGUUUGAUCAAAUCAGCUGGAUAUUUUGCAAUGGCCGGAACGAUUUCAAAGGCAACGAGCCUCCCUGUGAUGAGAAGACCUGGGUUAAAACAAAAAGGACCCUACUAAAAGAUUGUGUGUCAUUGAUUUGCAAAGACAUCUUACCCAAAGGAACAUUUCAAGUGAUUUUCCUCCUUACUUCCCCUGUUGACACACCUUUCCUAAACACGUUCUAUGAAUUCAUCACCGACAUGGAAGGACAUGAAGACAUUAUCUGCCUUGCAGAAUCAGAGGAGAAUUUCAAGAAAUGGCAGACCUUUGCUCUAGGAUCCUGUGACAUGGAAACAGUAAAUAGUUCAAGUGUUGUUGGGAUGACAAUGAGUCAAUUAAAUGCAACCCUUCAACAGGUCCAGCCUACCACUACACGGACAAUAAAACGAUUACCGAUCCAUGUCAAAGGAGAGUGUUUCCUUGAUAUUCGAGAGGAGGAAAUGAGAUGUUCUUUGGAGAUUUUGAGUCUAAACCACUGCGAAGAAACUAGUCCUGAUGUCAUUGAAUCUGAAAAAGAGAAUAUUGAGCAGCAGUUUUACCAUGGAGGAAAAGUAACUUGGAUGAAUCUCUGGCUUGCGGAUCAAAAAAUUGUUGGAGAGGUUAUUCAAAGAGAUGCUUACAAUGAAGUCAACAGUCUGGUGAAAGACUGUCUUUGUUGGAGUUUGGACCGGGCACCCAUCAGCUGCAUCAACAUGUACCAUCAUCCAGGCAGCGGUGGUAGUACAGUGGCAAGGCAGGUACUGUGGAAUAACCGGAGGGAUCUAAGGUGUGCAGUUGUAAAACCUUCAUACUCAGCAUCGGUUGUUUCAGAAGAUGCCAUUUGGCUUCGAGAAUAUGAAGAAAAAGAUUCCCAAAAAUGCCUCCCUGUGCUCCUGCUGUUUGAAGACUGUGAUCAUGAGUAUUUAGAAGAUGUCAAGUAUGAACUGGAAGUGGCUGUCAAUACCAAGAAAAUAGCACGUGGAACUCUCUGCUUCAUCCUGUUAAGUUGUAGGAGAUCUCACAAUCCAGAAAAAAUGUGCAAGGAAUCACCUCAACACAACAUUUCUAUUACUCAUAAGCUUUCAGAGACAGAAAAAAAGCAGUUUUCCAAAAAACGACAAAGCCUUGAAAAACAGUUCAAGCCAGAAUUCAUUCUAACAUUUGUCCUGAUGAGUGAGGAAUUUGAGAGCCACAAAAUAAUUGAAUAUGUGAAGCAGUUUGUCAAGCAUUUACUACAAGGCAUUGAUAACAAGUCUGUUGUUACUAAGCUUGUUAAGUAUGUGGCAUUGCUCAACACUUACGUGCAGAACUCAUUCAUCUCUCAGUCACAUUGCGAAGCUCUCCUGGGUCUUUCAAUUCAUUUGGAUAGAUUUAGACAACAUGCCUUUGAGACUUCUCUAAGUGAGCAAGCUAGAUUGGUCUUAAUACACUUGAGGGAUGAAAAAACCUACAUUAAGUUGAUCAGAAUCAUUCAUCCGCUGAUUGCAAAGGAAUUACUCCAUCAACUUCUGCUUGACAAGCAACAACAAAGUGAUCUCGCUUUGGAACUUCUCAACAACGAUGUGCUCUUUGAGCACAGGUUUGGUAAAGAUCAGUACAUGAAGUUCUUGCGAGAUCUGUUCAUGACACGCCGCAGGAUCAGCAAAGGUGAUAAAAUGGACACCUUCUUCUCUCCUCUAAUUGAGCAUGUGAGAGAGAAAGAGUGUCCAGAUAAAGCUAUCGAGCUUCUCAAGGCGGCUUACAAGCGUUUUCAUGAGGAUGCAUUUUUUGCUCAACAGCUGGCUCGGCUCAAUUACAAACAUGACAGAUUUGAAGAAGCAGAACAGUGGGCAAAGACUGCUGUAGCGAAAAGGCCAAACAAUUCUUACUUUCUUGAUACCAGAGGUCAGGUGUACAGGCAGUGGUUCACAGCAAAAUGUAAAGCCAUGAAGCAAAUUGAAAAAACACCUGAAAAUAUAGUAGGUGCUUUGGAAACAGCACUUAAGGCUAUUGAAUGUUUUCAGGAAUGUGAGAAAGCAGCAGUUGAAGACAAUGAGACCAUUAACAAUGCUGGCUUUUUUGGAGUAGUAGAAGUAGGAUGCGAAUUGCUAAAGUUGAUUUCCUCUCUUGAUGUGUUCUCAGGAAGAAAUCAUUCCCAAUGCAUAAAAUACCUCCUCACAGAUUAUAUGCCUGUUGAGGUAGAAAUACCAUGGGAAGUUUUUCAUGGGAAGCUGAAGAACCUCCAAAAAAUAAUACUGGAGGCGCUGGAAUGGAUUUCAGAAGACUUGAGUUACUUCCAGACUGACCUGAACACUGAUGAGGAGAAGACAUCUGAGACUGUUGAGAGGACCACAAAGUACCCCAUGCACUGGCUGGUGAAUAAGUCUUCUGCUUAUGGUAAAUACUUUAGUGGUGUUUCUCAGAGUAAAGAUCAAAACCAAGGGAAGUUUACUCCUGUCAUGAAGCGCAUGAUGAUUUAUCAUCACGGUGGGGGAAACAUCACAACCAUUUUUUCCCUCCUAACAAACCAGAAAGAUUGUUGUGGUCUUAACAAGCCAGAAAGUCCUGUCAUGGUUCUGGAGCAAAUUAUUUCACUUUACCCAAGCAAUCCGAUGGGGGCGCAAAUGCCACAAGCUGACCUUGUCAACUACAUAGCAUCACACUUUACUUUAAGUUGCCUCUCAACUCAGUCUCCCAAGCUGGCUGCAUUCCAGGAUCUACAAAGUCUGAGUCACCAGUUUCCUAGAGAGAAACAGAGAUGCUUACCAAGUACUCUUUUCUUGCUUGUCUUACUUUUCUGGCCAGAAGAACAUGACACAGAAGCAGAGAAAGAACACAAGUAUGAGACUGUGCUCUCUGCUGUUGAACACCUCCAGAGACUCUAUGACAAGAAAUUGAAAGACAUCCCUCCAAGGAAAAAGAGGAUCUACACUCAUUUCUUCCUGAGCAAUGGGACUGGUUUUGAAAAAUUUGUCCACAAGAGUAAGUUUGAAACAUUCACAAAAAUGUUCUCCGUUUCAGAAAAACGGCUGAAAUGGUUCAGUGGAGAAUUAUGGAAAAUGCCAGAAAUGUCUAAAUUGCUGAAAUGUGUCACAGGCUGGACGGAAGAUGAGAAGGUAUUUCUGGAGGGCCCCAAAGGAAUGAAAUUUCAUAUCCCAGCUCUGAAGACAUCCUCAGUACCCCACAACAAUGAGAAUGUCACUUUUUACCUGGGCUUUACUCUGAAAGGACCUGUUGCAUACAACAUUACCAUACAAACAUAGACAAACGUAUGUUUACGGUAGAUUAGGUGGUACAAAAAGAUGGUCCAAAAUCUGUCUUUAGGUGCUAAUGAAUUCUCAUACAAGAAGAAGGGCAUUUAUAGUUGAGGAAAUACUAAAUUUAGCAUGGUUGAUAACUUUUUUUAAUGUAAUUGAACUACAACUGUAAAAAAAAUAAAAAAAAUAAUCUUUUAAUGCCAGAUAUAGUCUGUAAACCCUGCAAAAAAAUGCUUCUUGAACUUUUUUUUUUCUUUGGAUCUUAGCGAAAACUAAUUCAUGGAAAACAAAAAAACUACUAAUAAGGAUGGAGGGCUAUUGAUUUUACUAUGUAUUUUCAUCUCUGUACAGACAUACAUUUCCACAUUUAGAAUGGUUUUAUAUUUUAACUUUUUAUUUUAGGUUAGUUUAUUGCAUGACUGAGAAUGCUUUGUAUAAAAAUAAAAGCAUUUCUAUUUAAAGAUUCUGGAAGUACUUAUUUGCAUGCCUUACAGGUAGGGUAGUGUUUUUUCAAAAAAACAAAAAAAAAAAACAAAGAUGUUAUAGUGGUUGAAAGUCUCUUCACAUCCUGAUAGCAAUAAUGGAAUUUUUCUUUGAUUAUUAAAAAAAAAAAUUCAUAAAUGUCCUCUGUGGAUCAUUAAAAUGUUCAUCCAAUCUUUGCAGUAUGAAUGCAAUGAUAGGGUGGCCUACCUUCCAGUCUUCCUAUGUAUUUGCAUACCUCCACGCACAUUGUUUGUGCUGGCAUCACACGUCAUGUGAGGCUAUGCAGAGUUGCAGACACGUUGCUAGAGUCAUUGAGCAAAAAUGGCAAGUUAAAGGUGCACUCUGCAAAAAUGUUCUGUUACUGUUUGUAAACAAGAUUUUAACUUGGCCACUUCUUGUGGGUUGGCACAACACUGCUAGAAGCCACGCCCGCUGUCAAUGACAUCAUCAUAUCUGUUACCGCAUUCACAAAAUGUACAAUCUUGAAGAAUACUUCCAUAUAUCUGUUAAAACUUAUUUUAUGGAGGAAUAUACAUUAUUUGAGGAAAUGAAAUGUUAUGUAAACAAAAGCAAAGGUGGAUUAUCUGUACUUAGUUUUGAAACUUUAACACAUUCAAGGUUGAUUUGUUAAUUAAAUUAAUUAAAGAAAAGGACAACAUGUGGUAUACAUUUAUGUGUUCAGCAUGAAGGGUGUUAGAUCUUCUGUUGAGAUGUGAUUUUAUAAUUGAUAAACUGCCUGUGGAAUUAGCUGAAUUUUACAAAGUAGCUUUAUUGGCAUACAUUCUGGUGUUUAAGCAAGAUUUUUCCACAAAUAAAUAUAUUGUUUAGAAUAAUAAAUGUAUUCAAUAUAAAAAUAGAUCUAUAUUCUUAAGUUGGAAUAAAAAUUAUUUGAAAAUCUUUUUUUUUUUUUUUUUUUUAAAGUGUGUACUUUUCAAUUUAAAUGGUAAUUUAUCAACUUAUAGUGAAUUCUUGGAUGAAUUUGGGUUUCCAGUUACGUCAAAAGAGUAUUCUGCUGUAUUUGACGCCAUUGACGCCAGUUAUACAAUUCGUAAGAGCUUGUGGAAGUGAUUCUUCUGAGGCAAUAUAUGUUAUAUAAGACAGCAUGUUUCUAGGAGACAUUGAUAUUCUUAAAUAUAGUUGUACUAAUAAACAUAUUAUAGGAAUAUUAUAACAGGUGAAACAGCUACUCAUAAAAGCUUAUUAUAAGCCAAUGUAUUUAGAAAUAAAUACAUUAAACUGGAAUAAAUCUUGGUGUAUUCGUAAAACAUACUUAAAAAUGUACAUAUAUAUAUCCAGCUAAAAGAAAUUUAAUUUAGAUUUUUGAUUAUUCCUGUGAUUUGAAAAAUUUAAAAUUUAAUUAGAAGGAAAACUAAAAUUAUAUUCAAGUUAAAUAAUUUUGAUAUAUUGGCAAGAUCCAAGCCAAAUUUUAUUAAUUUUCUUCAACCGACAAAGGACUACUGCACCAGUUUGGAGAACAUUGUCAUUAUAAAAUCAAGGAAGACUUUUCAUAUUUUCAUGAAUAUACUGUUUUUGUUUAACCCUAAAAGGGCAAGACCAUAAAAUACUUUUAUUUUUGAUUUUAAUGUUUGUAUCCUCCAGGAUACGUCACCCCUUUGGGGGUAUAAAUUGAUUGAAAAUAGAAUGCUUGUUAGGCAAUGCAGGUUACAACAUUUUAGAUACAUUUGUAAAACAUUUUAAUCUCUCUGUUGUAAUAUUGUUUAAACGAUAAUUGUAAUGUCGAUUUAUGAAUAUAUUAGCCUACUGUAUCAUAUUUGAUAUACAAAUUUCUAGGGCAUAUAAAUUAUCAACAUGAUCAAAGCUUUGCUGAUAAACCUGCUGUAAACAAUAUACUUUGUGCCUUCUGCUCUCUGAUUGAUAGUUUGCCGUAAAAUCUUUGCUGUAAAAACUUUUAUAUUGUUAGUAAUAAUUCAAGAUACUGUCAUCGUACUGGGCUGAAACAGCUUGGGUUUUCUUGAUUAUACAUUCAUCUUUUUUAUGUUAAAAAUGUUUUGUUUGUUUUUUUCAUGGUAAAAAGUAAAUGUUGAAUAUGUCAUAACAUGCUUUUGAAGAAGGUUUAUUUGUCUCUCAGUAAUCACUGAAUUGCAGUGAAUUGCAUAUAUGAGUCAUAAAACCUUAUGUAUGAAAUGCAAUACUAAACAAAAACACACGCAAACUAUAUAUAUUUUGUAUGUUUUAUACAUAAGUUUGCAUAUGUAUUUUUGUUGAGUAUCAUAUUUUAUAGAUACAUUUACAUAUGUAUAUAGGUUUACAUGUGUGUAUUGUAAUGUAAACCCAUGUAUUGUUGACCUAAAACUAAAUUUAAUAAUCCUAAGUGAUUAAUGAUUAAAUGAUUGACAAUAAAUUAUCAUCUAAGAGUU